AUGGAGGCUCUUUCCCGGGUACCCCGAGGGCAGCUCGCCCGUGGCACCCCCCCCCCUCCCGCGGGAGCCCCGCACUGGUGCCGGGAGCAAGGAAUCCCGGCUGACCCCGCAGCCGGACGCGUGCAGCAGCGAGCGGGCACCGGCGUGGGGAGGAUCAUGAGUGACCUGCGAGCUUUACGGGACAGCGGGGGCCAGCCUCCGGCGCCCCGUUUACAGGGGGGCGCACCUCCCCGGUCCCUCCCUCGGCCCCGCCUCCUCCGACUCCCUCCAUCCCGGGGCUCGCAGCCGCCGCCCAGAGUCGAGCGGGCCCCACCCGGCAGCGGGACCCCCCCCCCCAGCGCCGAGCCGCCGGCUGCCCGCCUGGCCUCCGCCUCCUCCUCCGCCGCGGCCCCGCCUCGGCCCCCGUUCUCCGGGUUGCGCCGCCGGCCGCGGCCGCUACGCCAGCUCGGGGAUCGGGAGGAGCCCGCAGGCCGCGGCCCCCGGGACCGAGCCGGGCUGACACAGGCCGCCCCACCCCCGCCGGGCCCGGCCUGCAGAAUUGUUCCUUGGAGCGUGUUCCUCACCUUUGCCAACCCCCUCGACCGAAAAGCUGAAGCUGUGUCUGCUAAAACCCCAUUUUUUCCCCCCAAGCAUGUCAGAAAGCUGGCGCAGCAGCAGCAGCCACAACAUCACGCCGGGACAGCAGCACUCCCAGAGCACUCGAUCCCUUCCAGCACUGCUGAGAACCCUCUGGGUUGCGCUGUCUACGGCAUCCUGCUCCAACCAGACCCCAAUCCGCAGCAUCACCAGCACCCUCCGAUCCAGGCUGGGGAGCCAUCCCACAAAUGCGGUGUGUGCGGCCACGACCUUACUCACCUGUCCAACCCCCAUGAACACCAGUGCCUGCCAGGGCACGACCGCUCCUUCCAGUGCACUCAGUGUCUGAAGAUCUUCCACCAGGCCACUGAUCUGCUUGAGCACCAGUGCAUCCAGGUGGAGCAGAAGCCCUUCGUGUGUGGGGUCUGCAAGAUGGGCUUCUCCCUGCUGACCUCCCUGGCGCAGCACCACAACGUCCACAACGGCAGCGCCGUGAAGUGCUCCAUCUGUGAGAAGACCUACAAGCCGCCCGAGGCGGAGCCCUCCCAGGCCCUCGACUCGCUGGAGAAGCCCUACAGCUGCUCCAUUUGCCAGAAGACCUUCAAACACCUGUCCGAGCUCUCGCGGCACGAGCGCAUCCACACCGGAGAGAAACCUUACAAGUGCACCCUGUGCGACAAGAGCUUCAGUCAGUCCUCGCACCUGGUGCACCACAAGCGGACCCACAGCUCGGAGCGGCCGUACAAGUGCACGGUGUGCGAGAAGACCUUCAAGCACCGCUCGCACCUGGUGCGCCACAUGUACGCUCACUCGGGCGAGCACCUCUUCAAGUGCAGCGUCUGCGAGCUGCACUUCAAGGAGUCCUCGGAGCUGCUGCACCACCCGUGCACGCCCAGCGGGGAGCGCCCCUUCCGCUGCGGCGAGUGCCACAAGGCGUUCAAGCGCCCCUCCGACCUGCGGCAGCACGAGCGGACGCACAGCGAGGAGCGCCCCUUCAAGUGCGACCUCUGCCAGAUGAGCUUCAAGCAGCAGUACGCCCUCAUGCGCCACCGCCGCACCCACAAGGCGGAGGAGCCCUUCCGGUGCAGCCUGUGCGAGAAGGGCUUCGUGCAGCCCUCGCACCUGCUCUAUCACCAGCGCGUGCACGGCAUAGAGAACCUGUUCAAGUGCAACGUGUGCCAGAAGGGCUUCAGCCAGUCCGCGGAGCUGCUGCGGCACAAAUGCGUGCAGAACGCCGAGCGGCCUUUCAAGUGCGCCGUGUGCAGCAAGUCCUACAAGAGGGCCUCUGCCCUCCAGAAGCACCAGCUGUCGCACUGCGCCGAGAAGCCGCUCAAGUGCACGCUGUGCGAGAGACGCUGCUUCUCCUCCUCGGAGUUCGUGCAGCACCGCUGCGACCCGGUGCGCGAGAAGCCCCUCAAGUGCCCCGACUGCGAGAAGCGGUUCAGGUACGCCUCGGACCUGCAGCGGCACCGGCGAGUGCACACGGGCGAGAAGCCGUACAAGUGCCCGUCGUGCGAGAAGGCCUUCAAGCAGCGCGAGCACCUCAACAAGCACCACGGCGUGCACGCCCGGGAGCAGCAGUACAAGUGCAUGUGGUGCGGGGAGCGGUUCCUGGACUUGGGCUCGCUGCAGGAGCACAGCGUCCAGCACACUGCGGAGGGGGCCUACCAGGUGGCGGCCUGCUUGCCGUGAGCCUCCUCGGCAGGCUCCGGGGGGGGCAUGCAGACCUCCUCGCCCGCCCGCGCCCCUUCCCUGAGCAUACAGGAUCGAUACCCGUACCCAGGUGGGGCAGUGGGGGAUGGGCUGCUGGCCUGGCUGACGGUGCUCUGGCCUCUUUGUUCUCUCCCACCUGUAUUAGUGUCUUACUGAUCUGCUGGACAGUAUGUGAAGAACCCAGAGGAGUGGAGGAGAAGGGGAGGAAAUAGUGAAAGCAAAUCCCGUACCCGCUUGUCCUUUUCUGGAUUGUAGUUCACACUGCACCUGCGGUUCAAAGGGACGUGAGUUUGCAGGUCUCCGCUCAGCCGCCCCCGGGGACUGUAGCCCUUUACACACACCACCUAGUAACGAGUUUCCCUGAGAGAGCCGGCUGACUGUCCCUGGUCUUCAUAGAGGCUCAGGAACAAGCCAGACCCAGGCACGACUUUCUCCCCCAGGCAGUGAAACAGCAGGCUUCCGCUGUGGGAGCCUUCGUGCUUGUUAGUCCAAAUACAGUUAAGUUGCUUAAAGGCAGUUUUGAGCCAGUAGCACUGGUUGACCAAAUGGCCCUUGGAGCUCCCCAGACAUUCCUCUCACUAGAGUGAGCAGGAGGGAACAGCAACAGGACUGCUGUGCUCCUAAUGUACUAAGUCCAUUGCUGCUUUUCCAGUCUUUGCUGGCUGUAGAAGUCUGCAAAGGUUCCUUUCCCUCUCACCUGACCCCCAGUAACUCUGAUGCAGUCUAAGGGUUACAUGAGUGCUGGACGGUAUUUGGAGAAGUUGGCUAGGUCAAUCCUCUAGAUCUCCAGUACUCCUGGUUCUAUAAUUGGCUGAGAACCUUAAGUUUGCAGGCUGAGAACCUUAAGUUUGCAAGCUGCUCACCUGGAGAGAGUCUCUGAAUUUCCUAAGAGUUCAGCUGUCUUGAGGCAUAGCUCUGCUAUUAAGACUUAAAACUGCUGCCAAAGCAAGCCCUUCUCUCAUAGUGCUACUCAGUGAUGCACUUGGAGGGGCAUACAAUCCCAGCCUCGGGGGCCUCUGUGCUGAAAGCAAGAGGUCUCUGAGUGGGAUCAGCAGUAAAACACUACGGGAUAGGGAAAACACUACUCUUAAAAUACAACUUGAAAAAAAAUCAGCAAAAGAGAAGUUUGUUUAGAAAUGAGUUUGAGAAUUUGGGAUUGUAAUUGAACCUCCCAAAUUCUGUGGCAUUAAAUUGUGAUCUUUUGGGGCAUGACCUUUUUAUUCCGAUCAGACAGUGAGUAGGGGAGAAUUCAUUCUCUCCUGUGUAAUUGGCUUCUUGGGAAGGGCAGGUUAGCAGAGGGUCAGGGAUGAACGUUUUCCUUUCUGGGAGUGCCUGUGGGCCCCUCUUGUUGGCCCCUUAUCCCACCUGUAUCCUUCAUGGGAAUUGCAUCUUUAUAUUGCAGCCAGGAACCAUUUUAAAAAAAAAAAGUCACCAUCCUCUGUUUUCCCAUUGACUGGGCUGAUCCAGCCCCAAAAGCUGUCAUUUACAGAAUAUUGUUGGCUUCUCACGACCAAGGGUUCUUCAACUAAAGUUUGGCACUUCCUAGGCCAGAGUGCCUGCUGCAUUACCCAAAAUCCUUUCCUUGCCACCAGCUUGGCUGGCUAGUGUUUGAAUUUGGGGCACACUGGUUGUAACUAGUGAGAGCAGUGGUGGUCAGACUACCUGCAUGCUGCCCAAAUGGAUAGGGCCACAAAAGCAGUUCCAUUGUGGGUGACAGAAACCCACAUUAACCCUGUAAAAGGUUAAGUCAUACCUGUUUUCUCUCAAAGGAUCCCCCACUCCGUGUCCACUUCCAGCACCGUAAAGAGGACCAGAGCUUAUUUCCACAGGGGGCUGGAACAAUUGAAGGAACAGGUCCCGAGUUUUCCUCACAAGCAGCUUUAAGGCGUUUAAAUGAACCUCUGGCACCUCAGGAGGAGUGACUCAGUGCUCUUCGUAUUUCACACUGCCUCAGAGAUGUAGAACCGACUUCUACCAAGUUUUCUGUCUGCGUUUAUUUUCCAUUUUGCUUUUUUUUUUUAAAGCAGUUUGUUAAUAUUCAUUAAAAGAAAUCCUGUAUAGUUUAAUUCGAUGUCAUUUUGGAUCUUUAAAAAGAGAGAUUCAGUUCUAGGUAGCUGGUUUUUGAUGUUAAUAUAUAGAGUUCAGUGUAUCCUUAACUACAGGAGUAAAACUGAAACACAAACAAGAAAAGCUAAUCUUGUUCAGGUUGUCUUUAUAAGUGGGUCAGAUUGGGGGAGUCAGGGAAAGGUGGCAUUGGAGGGGACAUUGCUAAUGGAAAUGGAAAUUCAGGAUGUGGGGAGAGAACUAAAGAACCAAAUUGUUCGACAUGCAAUACACUUGGCUAUAGAGACUAUUUUUGUUCCAGCUGCAGAGCGUUUUGCACUAAUGCCUUUGGGACAUCCAUUGGGAACCACCAACGCUGGUGGAUUGGCUCAUAAGAUGAUAAACCCACUUAAAAUUAAAAAUCAAGAAUGGCUCCCAGUGUCCUCCCUCGUUUUGUUUUGACAGCCAGAAGCAUUGAUAGUUCAGAACCUACAGGUAAAUGUUCUGCAGUAAACUGCACCACCGAGAUAGGGGAGCAGACCUUGCUCUUAUGGGGAGGGAGAGCUCAGGGGUUUGAGCAUUGGCUUGCUAAACACAGGGUUGUGAGUUCAGUCCUUGAGGGGGCCAUUUAGGGAUCUGAGGCAAAAAUUGGGGAUUGGCCCUGCUUUGAGCAGGGGGUGGGACUAGAUGACCUGAGGUCCCUUCCAACCCUGAGAUUCUAUGAUUCUUAGUGCUCUGCCAGCUACUGUAUUAAACUUGGCUGUGGAGAGACCAAAAGUGGAUGAAUGAGGUUCUACUGUAGUUAAACAGCAAACAAUAGAUUUAUUGUGGGUGGCAAAUACCACACCCUCCACAAGAGAUACGAGUGGUGCUGUAGAGGCGGAUAUGAAUGUAUAGGUGGCAUCUACAGUCUCCUAACCCCUUUCAAGUAGGGAGAUAAAUUAUUUUCUGAUAUAAAGGCUCCACUCCUGUUGCAUCUCGGCAGUAUUACUUUUAUUAACGAGAUAGUUUCCCCUCUUCCUCUCCGCCCACUCUGGUCUCUGUCCCAUGUGCUUCAGAGCACCAGCUAGCUCUGGAUGCGAAGGAUCUGUUCUCAGCUCAGUACCUCUCCCUGGUUUUUGUAGCCAAUUUAGAAGUAUGUGAACCCAGGCUAACCCUCGUUGCAUUCCCCGCUGGCUCUGGUGCUCUGUCAUGCUGUGUUUAGCUGUCUUGCUCCAGCCAGGAAAUCUAUGAGCUGCUGAACUGUUCAGGGCGGGAGCAGGGAGCUAGGCAGCCCAGCGUGUAGCUGGUACCCUGGCUGCUCAGUGCUGGAGUGGGCAGCUGAACUCAGCAGUGGCAGAAGACAGCAGUUCUGUCUUUCCUGCUGUGUGAGUUAUUUCUAAGCUAGUCCCCAAAGCAGGGAUGAUUGGUGAUGAACUGGAAGGGGAUGGAGAGGAUGGCUUGUAUUGCGUAGUUGCGAGAUCUGGCCCUUUUCUGAGAAGGGAAUGCUUAUUUACACAUUUAAGGGAUGGAGGAUGCUGAUGUAUGACUGUAGUUGCCAGAGACUCUUCGUUUGUGAAGUAAAUAGCUGAUAAUACGCAUCAGAGGCCUGCCCCUGAUGCCAGUGUUACAGGAAUGUUAGACUUGUUCAGUAGUGGCUGGGGAGGCCCUUUGCAAGGGGGCUACUCAUUUCCACCCACUUUAAGGCACCUUCAUGCUGCCAGAGCACCAUAAAAGGGUCUUAGUGUAAUAGAACCAGGCCCAAGAUCUCUUGAAUCUAUGUCCAAUCUGUCUGUGGAAAUGCAGUUCAUAGCUGCAACCUUGCAAGCUAGAGGCAUGCAUUUCUCAGGUCUAGUCACACCCAGGGCUAUUACUCAGCUCUCCGAGAUAGGGCAGAUGCAUCCCAGGAGCCCUAAUAGUUGGUAAAUGGGAGAGGUGACAGUACUGUAGGAAAGGAUCUGGGGGUUAUAGCACAUCACGCAUUGAAUGAGUCAACAGUGUGAUGCAGCUGCAAAAAAGGCUGAUUUCAUUCUGGGGUACACUAACAGGAGUCUCAUGUGUAAGACACAGGAGGUAACUAUCCCCGUUCUACUCGGCAACGGUUAGGCCCCAGCUGGAGCACUCUGUCCAGGUCUGGGCACCACACUUUAGGAAAGACGUGGACAAAUUGGAGAGAGUCCCGGGGGAGAGCAACAAAAAUGAUAAACUGUUCAGAAAACCUGACGUAUGAAGAAAGGUUAAACAAACUGAGCAUGUUUAGUCUUGAAGGACUGAGGAGGGAUUUGAGUCUUCAAAUAUGUUAAGGGCUGCUAUAAAGAGGAUGGUGACCAGUUGUUCUCUGUGUCCGCUGCAGGUAGGACAAGAAGUAAUGGGCUUGAUCUGCAGCAAGGGAGAUUUAGGUUAGCUAUUAGGAAAAACUUCCUAACUACAAGGGAAAUUAAGCUCUGGAAUAGGCUUCCAAGGGAGGUUGUAGGAGUUUUUAAGAACAGGUUGGACAAAUACCUCUCCGGUAUGGCCUAGGUUUACUUGCUCCUGCCUCUGCCCGGGGGGCUGGAUAAGAUGACCUCUUGAGGUCCCUUCCAGCCCUACACUUCUGUGAUUCUGUGUGUGGCUUCAGGACUACCGUUGGCGUGUUCUGUUUGGUAACAGUGCAGUCCAGUUCCACUUAAAGCUGGUUGUCCUAACAGCUGAUGACAGCAUGUGUUGCAGGAGCAGAUUACUAGUCAGGUGUAUGUGGCCGUACCUUGAUCUCCUGGGACGAGGGCAGGGUGGGGACAAGUUACGUGGUAGAACUGAUGCUAUAGCCCUGGAUUUUUAUUAGGUAAAGAAAAUUGUUUAACUACAAACGGUUCCCCUAAAGAUGUUUAGGUUGGGGAGAAGAGGGUUGGUUUACAUUGCUGUGCCUUUCAGAGUCAGGUUGUUUGUUUGUUUGUUUUUUAAACUGGAGUAAGUGGUAGAAAUAGUGGAACAUAAUCUUGUAAGAGAACCCCCCUGGUUCUGCUUCUGGGGGGCUCAGGAAGCCGAUACAAUGGCUGCCUUUCCAAAGUGGGUUAUGAUGACACCAUCCUACAGGGCGGAAGGGCUCAUCAGCUAUUGACUGUUUUCAGUUGACAUUUUACUUUCAAACCAAAGAGCAAAUGUGGCCAAAGCCUCUAUGGGGUAAAACGUGUUAAACUCUGUAUCUGUGUUGCACUUCCUUUCUCUUCCGUUCUGACGUUUAUAGAGAGACACGGCUGGGGUAUCUGUAGCCCCACACCCUGGUUGCAAAACAGACUCCUGCGUCUGCUCAUAGUACCUAACAGUCCCGGCCAGCUGUAACUCAGCCUUGAUAAAAUAUUGUUCACCAACGAGUUUAGCUUCCCUGAGCGCGGGAAGCCAGGCGCAAUAGCUCAAUAGCUGUAAGAUGUUGUUGGCUAGAUGGGGGUAUGUCUUGCGUGUGGCUGUUUCUCUAGAAGAUCAGAAGAAUAGGAAUGAAAAGACGGAACUUUUGGAAACUCAUAGAAAGGUGGGAUGGUGGGGGGUGCCUACAUUAUACCUCUGCAGCCGGGUGACUGGCUUGCAGACAAUGUGUUCAGUUCUUCGUAGCUGUGUAUUUGCCUCCAGGAAGGAGAGAUUCCUUCUUACCCGUCUCUUUCUGUCCUCCGCCCUUUUCCUGUUUCCCUUCUUUCAGCAUAGCCACAGGAGGCCUUGACAUCUUUGUUUUCUCCCUCCCCAUGUCUCUUGUGUGCUGUUCAGCCGUCUUUGGGGAUUAUCCUUUUAUAACCACCUCGGGGUUGCUUUGCACCUCGUAUGUUGGCUUUGCUCCUUGUAAAGGAUGGUACCUUUUUCCCUUUUGCCAUUUUGAUUAUUUUUCUACUAUGGAUUUCUUUAAAAUAAAUACCUUUCGGAGACCAGUGGUAGUUCUCAUUUACUUGAAGACCUCUAAUGGUGGGGAUUUUAAAGGAACCUGAUGGGGAAGGUGCCCAGUUCCAUUGAAUUCCAGUGGGAUUUGAGCAACUAACUCAAUUGCGGUCUACAGAGCCAUUGCCCUGAGUGGCACAGCCAAAGUUAGGAAAGGAUUUACGCAGCACUGUUCCUCAUUCUCUUUUAGGGUCAGUUCCAUCCUGGUCAUGUCAAUUCAGCUUUGCAUGCGGGGGUGCUGGCAACAAAGUAUGGGGAAAGUGUGUCCCAAUGCUCCUGUGUAGGAAACUGAGGUGGUGGAGCUAAGAGGAGACUGGUCAGCAUAGCUGUAAAACAGGCGCCAGCCUGAGGCUAUGUCUACCCUACCGUGGGCUCAAUGCUCCGGCGAUGGAUGCACCGGGGUUGAUUUAAUGGGUUUAGCGAAGUCCCACUAAAUCGACGGCAGAGCGGUCUCCGAUCGAUCCCGGUACUCCACCAGGAACGAGAGGAGUAAGGUAAGUCAACGGGAGAGUGUCUCCCAUUGACCCAGGGCGGUAAGUCAACCUAAGCUACGUCGACACCAGCUACAUUAUUCACAUAGCUGGAGUUGUGCAACUUAGAUCAGUUUACCGCGGUAGUGUAGACAUAGCCUGAGGAGUUGCAGUUUCUCCAAUAAAUUAUGUCCAUUGACACUGUCACGGCAAAUCUUGGUAGUAACUUAGUGGAGGGCCCUAAAGGGUUCAUGGGGUAGAAAUGGUCAGGUAGCGGUGUAUCAUGAUGCGUACUGACACUGUGAAGAUGGAAUUUAAAAAACUUCAAUCUCUCCUUAAAUGGUUCUUCCUACUACUGCCGGUGGGGCUGUCAUGCUGUAGCUCUCAAGGUGGAAGGAUAUCCUGGCUUCACCAUGAUGGGUACAAUCUACUUGUACCUGUGCCCUGGGUACAGUUGUCUGAUCUUGGUCCCAUAUUCAGUGAUUGCGUAGGGGCAUGAUGCGGAGCAAGGGUGUCCCUCUUAGAGCUGGGUGCUAAGGUGUGUGCUCAGCGUUGGGUUGCCGUGUGGCUUCUGGAAGAGUUGGUGCUGAUGAAAGUGAACAAUAAAGGGAAAAACUGGAGGAUGGAUGAGGACAAAAGCGGCGUAUGACAAUGGGUUGGCACAGUCUCCUGGCUCUCCGCUGGAAUAACUUGCCUGCGAGAUGUUUUUGGGGAGGAGAAGAGCACUUUUUUAUUCCCUUCGGGCAUUGCAGUCAACCCAGGACUGCAGCUGGUAACUGGGUGUUAACUAAUGAUGCAAAAACCUUAACCUUGAAUGUUAACUAUUCUUGAUCAAGCUGUGACACGCUGAGUUAACUCGCAGGAAGAUUUUUGUUCCUGUAUAUGCAGACAUCCCAUAGAGAUGCAAUAAGGACAGGCAAGUAUGAAUUUUGGGCUACCACUCCGUCUUGGGUUCUGGCAACUUGAGCGUCUCUUGUGAUUUGGGAUCCGCUUUGUUCUCCUAUGGCACGUUCCCUGCUGGCCAUCUGAAAGCACAUUACAGACAUCCAGGAACUGAGCUUCCCAACAUCCCUAGACCUCUGAGAGCGAAUCCGUUUGCCAGAACCCCAAGGUGGAUUUCUAACCCCUAACUCCAGGUGCUUGUCCGUAAAGUUUUAUGUGAUCCAUGGAUCUGAUUUCUUUUCAGGGGCAGUUCUUCGGUGCAGUGGAGCAGAGGGCUUGUUGGCCCACCCACAGUCUCUGAUGGGGUGAGGUUAUAGGUGGAUCCGCAUAACCUAUGGUUGUGACUCCGUGCCUGUGAAUUGGCAGGGCUGUGUGAGAUUGUACUCGUGAGCGAUGAGGCUUCGGUGUGGCUUGCAGUGCCUUUAACACUGCUUUCCGUGUGUUAAGACUGUAUCCAGUGCGUGUGUGUAUAUAUAUUGUAUUAACACGUCCAGCUCUCCUGUGUGAUUGUCAAAUGGUUUUGCUUUACUAAUAAAUUUAUAGUUAUUUAUA